AUGGCCUCGCCAUCAGCUUCGGCUAAGCAGCGGCUACGAAAUCUAGUCAGGCAGCGACUGUCUUCCAUACCAGCCGAUUCCGUGGCUGCGCAAAGCCGCAAGAUAUUUGACACGUUGAAAAACUUCAAGCCUUAUCUGGAGGCUCGGAGAAUAAGCAUCUACCUGUCCAUGCCCUCGGGCGAGAUCCAGACAGAUGCAAUCGUACGCCAUGCGCUGACUUUGGGAAAGCAAGUCUUUGUUCCGUAUUUGCACAAUUCCCCGCCGGGUAUGCCAGACACUCCCCCCCGGGUGAUGGACAUGGUUCGUUUAAAGGAUGUUCGGGAUUAUGAAAGCCUGCAGCUGGACCGCUGGGGGAUCCCGAGCAUCGACCCUGCUUCAGUCCACGCGAGGCAACGCAUUCUGGGAGGGCCCGAUGAGCACCAACCUCCUCAAGCCUGCUUGGAUCUGAUAUUACUACCAGGAGUGGCGUUUGAUUUUGACGAAUCUGGUGCCGUCAGAAGACUUGGCCACGGCAAGGGAUUCUAUGACUUUUUCAUGAACAGGUACUUGGCCGAGUCAUCAAGUUCGCGCGGUGCCAAUGCCGCAAAGCCGGUCCUGUUGUAUGCACUGGCUUUGACGGAACAGCUCCUCUCUGGGGAACCGGGGGAACAGGUUCCCAUGGCCCAGCAUGACAGGAGGUUGCACGGGCUUGUUCUAGGCGAUGGCCAGGUAAAGGAGUCAUCGGGGACCAUGACACCGGAUUCAUUAUACAGAGCCGCUUCGUAA